AUGUUUCGCCGUCUCGGCACCCACCAAACCGCCUACAGGUGCGAAUCCCCUUCACAGAGCCUCAGCUCCCUGCAGUCGGACUGCUCGAUCCCGAUCAGUGGCACGGAUCCGGAUCCGGAUUUUGGCGAGGACAUCCGAGAGCAGUUAACCCCGGUCCCGCCGGAUUUCCUCCCCGAGGAGCGUAUCGUCGAAAAACGCGAGCUGCUGGCCAGCUUGCAGAAUGUCGCCAAAAAGCUAAACACCAUUGUGGCGCUGAUCAACGACUUCUCGCUGGACGCGCUGAAGAUGAGGGAAAAAGCCGAGGAUUUGCUGGAGGAGUUGAAUUCCCGUAUCCGCCCGUCUUUAAUCGCCCUCGACCUGGAGAUGAUCACCACGGAACGCCUGUUGAAAUACAACGUCGACCGGGCCAACAUCAAGGAGCACCGCAUCGACUGGCUGCUCGUUUUUAAUCGAUAUCAGAAAGAGAUGCGCCGCGUGCUGGAUGAGUUGAGCGGCGAGGUCUACGACGAGCUGGAGAACAGCUUGGCGCUGCGUUUUCGGGGGGUGAUCGGCCGCCGACCGGCCGGCGAUACGAUGGAGAAUUUGAACGAAAUGCAAUCGGGGAUGAGCCGUGCGCUGCAGCUGCUUGCCGCUGAAGCC